UGCUCUUAGCAUUUACGAUAAUUUGAAUUGUCCUAUAUUUAAGGUCCUAUAUAUUGUUUAUUAUACUGAGAUUACGAUUUCUAUUUCAAAGAUAUGUUGCCCAACACAGACAAAGAUAUUAUUUUUCAACUAUUAUGUUUAUUUAUUAUUAUACGGCGUAAGGAUUAUAUUUACGGAUGGCAAAUUGGUAUUCGAAUUAUAUUCCUUGGUUCAUUGAUCCCACAAAUAAUUAUUUAUGUUAGGCCAUGAAUCCGAUCCAAUUCCAAUAUGAAUGCAGCAAAAACAAAAACCAUCCAUCGAAUAUUCCUUUUCGGGUUUACCGGACGGAAUGGUUGUCAUAUUUUAUCAAGCUCGUUUGUGUUGGACAGCAAAUGUCAGUCCCCUACAAAAAGAGAAAAAGCUCUGUUAUCUUUUUAACCUAAUGUAGAGCGUCAGUGUAAAAAUAUUAUAAAGGCGCCGAGUCAAGAGCCCGAAGCAUUUUGCAAAGCGACUCCUUGCGGAUAGCACACGCCCGCGACGCGCACUUACUAAACGUUACAUUCUUCUUGUCGAUACUUUAAAAUUUGUGUGAAUGUCAUAAUUAGUAAAUCAGUAAGAUGUUAGGGACCAAAUUAACCAUAUUUUGGUUGGGAUUGUUAGCGUUGAGCUACGGGAGUGUCUCAGAUGUCCAGAAUGAUGGAUUCUCGGAGUCUGAUGGCGGGUUGUACACCGACGAUGCGGUUAUUUUGAAUGUUUAUUCGGGACGGGCGAAGCGAGAUAUUUCGAACUCCACGCGCGAUGGUAGACAGAUAUUGCUCCUACGACCGAGACAGCAGGCUGUUGGUGCGUAUGGUAUGGAUUGUAAAACGACUCUUGGAAAGAAAGGAAGCUGCAAGAGUUUCCGCGACUGCUACCCAUUGUUCAAGGUCGCUGACCUUUCUGGUUGGGACGGCUGGGUGAUGGGCCACUAUGACACUUGUAGCUACGUCAACAAUGACAACAAUGAGGUGUUUGGUGUGUGUUGUACGGAACCAGUGGGUACACCACCGCAGCAGGAACCUGAUGUGCAACGAUUCGGCUAUAUACAACCACCUAUACCUGUACAUUUUCCACCUGCACCUCUGUCUGGGCUCUCCGGUGGAGUUCUGUCUGCUCUGACACGCUGGUCCUACGGAGACAGCAGCGUCCGGCAGAUCCCCGCGCAGUGGCCGCCAGCGAUACCCACGCACCCACCUGAUCACACGCCAGCCACGCAUCCGCCUUCCCUAGUUGCAGGGGUUACAACAAAGCCACCGAAUAGCUAUCCCACUACUUCGACCACUUGGGCUACGAAGCCUCCCAGUACAACUAAACAGACCUGGGCACCGGCGUAUCCAACGAAACCAUCCGUACCUGCAGCAGCUGUAGAUGGUUCCUGCGGCAGAAAGAACGGACCUCAGACAUAUGAAAGCACGUACCAAGACGAAGAGCGUAUUGUUGGUGGGCAUAAUGCGGAGCUGAACGAGUGGCCGUGGAUCGUGGCGCUGUUCAACGCCGGUCGCCAGUUCUGUGGAGGUUCUCUCAUGGAUGACCGGCAUGUGCUUUCUGCAGCGCAUUGUGUGGCACAUAUGACAUCUUGGGAUGUUGCCCGUCUAACAGCUAGACUUGGAGAUUACAACAUAAGAACGAACACUGAAACGCAACAUGUUGAGAGAAAAAUCAAGAGAGUUGUGAGGCAUCGAGGUUUCGACAUGCGUACUUUGUACAAUGACGUCGCCGUUUUAACACUGGAUCAGCCAGUCAGUUUCACGAACAAUAUUCGUCCAAUCUGCCUACCUUCUGGCGGUCGAGCCUCAUAUCAGGGCAAAGUCGCAACGGUCAUUGGCUGGGGAAGUUUGCGGGAGAGCGGUCCUCAGCCCUCCGUUCUUCAAGAAGUGUCGAUUCCGAUUUGGUCGAACCAGGAAUGCCAGUUGAAGUAUGGCGGCGCGGCUCCCGGCGGCAUCGUAGAGCACAUGCUGUGCGCUGGUAAAGCUAGCAUGGACUCUUGUAGUGGUGAUAGUGGUGGCCCCCUGAUGGUGAAUGAGAACGGUCGCUGGACGCAAGUAGGUAUUGUAUCGUGGGGCAUCGGUUGCGGUAAAGGCCAGUACCCCGGUGUGUACACACGCGUCACUUACUUCAUGCCUUGGAUCCAGAAGAACUCCCAAUAGUGGGUAUACAAGAAGGAUAAUUUCGAAAUCAAUUUGACUAUUGUUCGGUAAUUAAUUUUAACGGUCAAUUAUUUUGAGAAAAUCAACUAGUAAACCUUGUUUUUCUCAACUGAUUGCAAAAUAAAAAUACAUUUUAAGCGUAUGGAAAUUGUGCCAAUUUAUUUUAAGGUUCUGAAUUAAAUAAAAAAUUAACAACA